ACUCUCCGUAUAGAGUAAAGCUCGGCUCCUGCGUCAGGACACAGCACAAGGAAGGAGACGGGAAAGGCCAGACGAAAAGUAAAAAUCAGCCUUUAAGCGCGUCGGGAAUGGCGGAGGAGCGGAGUGAUCCUCCAGCCGAGCGGCACAUGUGAGCCCAGAGGCCACCGGUAACGUUUUAUUCUAAAGUCGACCGGGAAAGGGCAGUGAGAAGAGAGAAGAGUUAAAAGUCUCUAGGAGCAGACUGUCAGAAGUGUCCUCUCACCUCGGCAUGAUGGUCUAUGUGCCUGGACUGAGCUGGGUCCUCCUGAGCGCACUCCUGCACCCUGUGGCACCCCGGGGCGCAGAUCGACCGGAUAGACCAAGGCAGUGCGACGCACCAAAGUCGCAAAGUGACAUGAACUCCUUCCUGUGGACAGUGAGGCGUGAACCUCCUCACCCACCGUCCUACUUAUUCGGUACCAUCCACGUGCCCUACACCCGAGUCUGGGACUUCAUCCCUGACAGCUCCAAACGGGCUUUCCACAGAAGCUCAAACGUUUUCUUUGAGCUGGACCUGACCGACCCUUUGACCAUCUCCAAGCUGACCAGCUGCCAGCUGCUGCCACAUGGGGAGAACCUGCAGACCCUGCUCCCCCGUGACCUCUACCGCCGCCUCAAACGCCACCUGGACUACGUCAAGCACAUGAUGCCCUACUGGAUGACGGCUGACCAGCGUGGUCGCGGCUUGUAUGCCGACUACUUGUUCAACGCCAUCGCGGGGAACUGGGAGAGGAAGAGGCCCGUGUGGGUGAUGCUGAUGGUGAACUCGCUGACGGAGUGGGACGUCAGGUCGCGGGGGACACCGGUCCUGGACCUGUUUCUUGCUCAAGAGGCAGAGAGGAUGGGCAAGACAACAGGGGCAGUGGAGAGGGUGGAGGAGCAGUGUCAUCCCCUCAAUGGGCUCAACUUCUCCCAGGUGCUGUUUGCCUUGAACCAGACGCUGCUGCAACAUGAGGGUGUCCGAGCAGGCAGUCUUCAGGGCUCCUACACCACAGAGGACCUCAUUACUCACUACAACUGUGGUGACCUUAGCUCCAUCAUAUUCAACCACGACACCUCACAGCUCCCUCACUUCAUCAACAGCACUCUGCCAGCUCAUGACCGAACCACGGCCCAGCAGAUUGACAGCUACUUCCGCCAGGAGCUCAUCUACAAACGCAAUGAGCGAAUGGCGCGCCGAGUGUCUGCCCUGCUGCAGAGAAAUCCCACCCAGACCUACUUUUUUGCCUUUGGCGCAGGUCACUUCCUGGGGAACCACAGCGUGCUGGACAUUUUGAGACAGGAGGGCUACACGAUUGUGCACACACCGUCCGAUCAUCAGGAGCCAGUCACAGAGGGUCCACCAGAGGGACUUGAGCCCACAGCAGAGCCCAGUGAGCACAGUCAUGAGGUGGGCACGGUGUCUCCUGCCUCCUGGGUGACCAGUCCACCAGAGGGGGAGGUGGAGCUGGAAGAGCCGGACAGCCUCCCUGGCCUGGGGGAGGAGGAGCUGCCCCACAUGCUGCUGCCUGACAGCUUGAGCCAGCUCGAGGAGUUUGGGAGACACAAGCGGCCUCGGAAAGCCCACCGCAGUCACGGGAGACCCCGCCUCUUCAGUGACCUGUGGGUUCGCAUCGGGGACGGCACCACCCCACCACCCAGUGUGAGGAUAAUCAACGGCUACGUGACAGUGGAGCCUCCGCUGACCCGUGAAGAGCAGCGCAGACGGACAGAGCUCUCCCCCACGGUGCAGCAGCCCAGUUCAGCCUCCACCACCCAGCCAAGUCCCAGCUCAGCCCAGCCUUUAAUGCACAGCACACUUACGCUCUCCUGUAUUGUAGCCUGGCUGCUCUCACACAUGCUGUUCACCUCCUGACCACACGGGGGAGCUCUCAUAUGGACAAACACCCAGACACUACUGUCUCCAUACUAGGGAUGUAGGGUGUACCUGCAGAAGACACCCGUGGACUGACCUACAGUACAUGCAAAGAGAUGGAGGUGACCGAGAAAAGCUGGUGUUUCAGUCAGGACAACGUGCCUUGAGGCAGUCCCACAAGCAGCCUCCAGUACAGGGAGGGGUCAGCUCCAGCUUUCAGAAACGCCAAGUCUUAACCUGCCAAGUCUCAAAAUGUGUGAAAUAAGCUCUCAGCCAUGACCCAGGCAAUGAACGGACUGUUAAGACAAAGUAAUGUGCUAGACUCCAGAGGGAAGAGUCUUAAAACCUCAUGAAAGUAUUAUAGAAUAACAAAACCAUAGCACAAUUAAGGCCUGUAUUCAAGAGUGUAUGUGGUGGCACCUUCUGCCUGCGAAGAAUUGUAAUACUGUAUAUAAAAAAAUAAAAAUAAUAAUAUUGACAUUAAUGAUGAGAAUAGACAUACUAAUAACUAUAACAGAUAUAAUGCAUACAGUGAGACUGUGCUGCGUGGGAGGAG